GCGCAAAGCGCGAUGUCACUGUGAGGGCUUGUUUCACCCUCUUACCUAAGUCGUAUCUUAUUCAAAUUUUGAAGGUAUAUAGCUGGAAGCUUCCUAAAUACUUGUAGAAAGUUUCGUGGAAAUCCAUCAGCCGGCUUAGACGUUAUUCGACGUAGAGUAUAUCGUUGUCAAGUUCGCGCAGAGGAAGACGUCGUAUGGACCUGGUGAGUCCAUCGGUCCCGGGAUGGUCGCGUUUUCUUGUUGUCUCAGUGCUGGUGCAGCCGCGAACCGCGUGCGAAGCUGCCUUCGGAUACGGCGUUAGAGCCACGGGGUUGUCGGCGAGAGUGCGGAGGACGUGCUACCCCUUAUAGGGGGUGCCCAAUUCUCAGGAGAUAUGAAAGGACAUGGCAUAGGAUUACUGGUAUUGCUGUUCGGAACUUAUAGCACAAAUGGGCAAUUUCAAAGUAAUCAACCGUCAAACCAGCGUGAAUUCGGAUUUCCAUCGGACUUUGACGACACAGAAUACGACGAUCGGGGAGACCAAGAUCCGGUAGACGACGACACGUCAUCCCACAUUGACCGUUAUGAAGCGUCGAGACGGCACGAAACAAGGUUCGGAGGUGGAAGGGCUUACCAGAGCAGACAGGAAGGGCAUGACACCACAGGGGAGUACGAUAAGGAGACGACACUUCCACCAAAUGCUCAAGGAGGGCAGCAUAGGGGUGCCGCCGUCUAUGGAAGCAGGAGGAUCUCUUACGGAGUGACUGGAGGUCCGCCAUACAGGUCCCAACAAGGCAGUGGCAGCGCAUACAAUUCGGUGCAAGGUUCGUUAGGCACAUCAGGAUCGUACGCGGGAGGCCAAGCGAACAUUAGAGGAGACCUUGGAGCUCCAUCGCCAUACAGUAGCUACAAUGGCAGUGUGUCCUUGAGCGGACAGGCGUCUAGGGGGUCGUACGACGCCGCAGGAAGAGCCCAAGGGGCUUACGGAACUGCAGGAGCCACGUACGGUGCCGCAGGAGCUUACGACUCCAGGACAGCAUAUAAUGAAAUCGUGGAGGCGACGAUCGGGGCUAGGGCCGAACUUAGAUGCAGAGUCCAGGACAAUCAAGGAAUAAGAUAUGAGAUCAGGUGGUCCAGAGGAGAUAACACAACUCUGCAAAGGAACGCUUUCGAAAGGGGCGGCAUUUUGUACAUUGAAAAUGUUCAACCAUCAGACGCUGGGACCUACAGAUGUCAGGGCGUUGACCAGAUCACAGGAAGUGUCGUCGUCACUAUAAAUACCUACCUCAGAGUGUCACACUCUAGCGCAGGAUCGUCGAGCAGCUAUGGUUCCUCGGCCGUAUCCAGAGGUGGUCAGUACCCGGACUCUUCGUACUCCGCCGUCUCUCGAGCAGGUUCGGCGAGCAGGCAAGGCGGAGUACCAUACGAUGGUUACGGUGGAUACUACAACGCAUCUUACGAAGUAGCCAAUAGGAGAACAUACGCUAACAACUAUGAUAUCAUCGAAAGCACCUCGAACGGCACCGACAGGUGCGUGCCGAAAUGUUUCGCGGAAAAAGGAGAUCAGGGCAUGGCGGGUAUUCCCGGACAUCCGGGUGAAAAAGGUGUACGAGGUUACCCAGGAGAGGAAGGAAUGAUGGGAGACAAAGGUGACAAAGGCGAUCAAGGGCCGAUGGGUCCUAGAGGACCGAAGGGAGAACGAGGAAGACAAGGCAUUCCAGGAUAUCCGGGCAUCGGAGGGAUACAGGGACCACCGGGCGCCCCGGGGUCCGCAGGUCUGCCAGGGAAAGACGGAUGCAACGGUACAGACGGACCCCCAGGAAUCGACGGGUUCCCAGGCGAGCCCGGUCCAAGGGGAUUCCCAGGCGCGCCAGGUGGCAAGGGCACCAAAGGAGAGGCAGCGCGUUGUGAAAUCAACUUGAAAGGACAGAAAGGUGAACCAGGAAGAGAUGGAGUCACUGGACCUCCAGGAAACUCGGGACCGCAAGGGCCUCGAGGGUAUUCUGGACCGAUCGGAGAAUCUGGAUUACCGGGUCCCCGCGGUCCUCCAGGCCCCAAAGGCCAGAAGGGCAGUCCAGGUAUCGGAAAAACCGGCGAGAAAGGCGACAAAGGUCAAGAGGGACCCAGGGGUCAAAAGGGCGAACCUGCAGACAGCGGACAGCAUAUCAACGAGACAGCUCAAGUAGGGGCCCCUGGCGAUAAGGGCAUGCCAGGAGACAAAGGCGACAUAGGAUUCCCAGGACAGAAGGGUGAGAGAGGGACCGAUGGAGACUACGGCAUUCCGGGAUCCGUUGGAAUGAAGGGAGAAAAAGGAUUAGUCGGACCCCCAGGACCUAGGGGUAGAGAUGGUUUCCCGGGGCCCCCAGGACCAGCGGGUCAAAAAGGUGACCGAGGCCAAGAAGGUAUUCCUGGCCUUCCAGGAAGACCAGGCUUGAAAGGAGAGGCGGGAAGGGACGGACCUGCAGGAUCCGUAGGCUUACCGGGACCUCCAGGACCCCCCGGUGGAGGAAAAGGAUUCCCAGGACCGCCUGGACCCAUGGGACCCAGAGGAUAUCCGGGACCGCAAGGACCCAAAGGUAUGGACGGCUUCCCUGGCGAACCAGGACCCAGGGGCUUGAUGGGACCUCCAGGGGGUCCUGGCAUCCCAGGCACUCCUGGACCGGAAGGAGCACCAGGUGAGAAAGGUGAAGCUGGAGAAGCGGGAUCGAUUGGGUUCCCAGGAAGCGAUGGUCCAAGAGGGUUCCCAGGACCCCCCGGACCCCAGGGACCUAGAGGAUUGACUGGAGAGAAAGGACUAUCGAUAAUGGGACCUAAAGGAGAAGAUGGUCAACCUGGUCGAGAUGGCCUUAAGGGACAAAAGGGAGAAAAAGGCUUCAUGGGACUUCGAGGAUCCCCCGGCGACGCAUUGAACGGCGUCCCCGGCCGACCGGGCCCCAUCGGACCCGCAGGCGAGAAAGGCAACGCAGGACGACCGGGCAUCCCGGGGUCCCCGGGCAUCCCUGGCGAGAAGGGAGACAUCGGAGGCAGGUGCAUCGAUUGUGUGCCAGGCUCAAGAGGAGAUAAAGGAGACAGAGGGAUGGAUGGAAGAGAUGGACCCAUCGGACCCCGCGGACCUCCGGGCACGCCAGGGUACAUGGGACCGGCCGGAUUCGAUGGUCAACCGGGAUUGGCGGGACCCCCAGGAAAACCGGGCAAACCAGGCAAAGACGGUUUCCCAGGCAUACCUGGCCAACCGGGAAAACCAGCUGUUGUUAGCGUGGAUCAAAUCAGAGGCGAAAAGGGUGACAAAGGAGACAGAGGACCGUACGGACCACCAGGACCUAAGGGACUGCCGGGACCUGCAGGACCUAAGGGCGACCAAGGUUUGCAUGGAUUCCCAGGAGAAAAAGGACAAAAAGGAUACGACGGAUUCCCAGGACAGGGCGGAAAACCUGGGCAACCAGGGUUCCCAGGCGUCAAAGGACAAAAGGGAGACAGCUUUAAGGGUGAACCCGGCUACACAGGUCCCAAAGGUGACAAAGGCAUGGCAGGGUUCCCUGGGCUGAUGGGCCCUAAGGGAGAACAAGGAAGAUGCGUGGCGCCAUUGACGCAGAAAGGACAGCAAGGACCUCAAGGACAGAAGGGCGAUAUGGGAUUCCCAGGAUCCCCUGGAGAUAGAGGCGAAAAGGGAGACCAAGGAAACAGUGGACCUAGAGGAUCUCCAGGCCAAGAAGGUCCACCUGGUCCCGUUGGAAACAGGGGACUUCCAGGACCAAGAGGUGACAAGGGGGAUAUCGGACCCAUGGGCUUUCCUGGGGAACCUGGAAGAGACGGAGCGUCUGGAUUGCCUGGAUUGAUGGGUGGAAAAGGAACUAAGGGAGAUGCCGGUAUUCCGCAAGUAGGACCUCCAGGACCACCUGGUCCGUACGGCUUCAAAGGAGAAAAGGGAAUCCCCGGACCUCCUGGAAAAACUGGAAGACCUGGCAACGACGGCCUGUCUGGGUUACCCGGAGAAAAAGGAGACGUAGGCGAGCCGGGAUUGAACGGAUUGCCAGGACCUCAAGGACCUAAGGGAGAGCCUGGACCGCUAGGACCACCUGGAAUCGAAGGUAUCCCGGGCAGGCCAGGUUUGGACGGCCCUAAAGGCGAACCAGGUCGAAGAGGCGAACCAGGCAGACAAGGUUUGGCAGGCUUUCCAGGCGAAAAAGGCGACCAUGGAAUCUCAGGAUUCCCGGGCCUUAAAGGAUUCAAGGGCGCUGUGGGGCGACCGGGCACACCGGGAGCACCGGGAAUGGAUGGAAUGCAAGGGGCACCUGGAGAGAAGGGAGAGAUGGGCAUCAGGGGACCCCCGGGACCCCAGGGAUUGAUCGGUAUGCCGGGAGAGAUGGGCCUGUCAGGGGACAAGGGAAUGCAAGGACCGUUCGGACCACCGGGAUUGCCGGGCCCUCCGGGUUUGUCUGGACUAAAAGGAAUGCCUGGAAUCCCCGGAACGCCAGGUCACAAAGGAGAACCUGGAAGCGCUGCUGAAAAGGGGCAGAAGGGAGAACCCGGAAUACCGGGACUUCGAGGUCAAGAAGGACUACCGGGAGCGCAAGGACCACCGGGACGAAAAGGUGACGCUGGGCCACCAGGCAGAAGCAUUCCAGGCACACCAGGCUUCAAAGGCGACAUCGGCCCUCCAGGUUUGGACGGACUGCUAGGCCGCGAUGGAGAAAAAGGAGACGUAGGACCGUACGGCUUCCCGGGACCCAAAGGAGACUCAGGCUUCCCCGGUCAACCGGGAAAUCCUGGAAUGGACGGCAAAGACGGGCUUCCUGGAUUAAAGGGAGACCUAGGUUAUCCGGGAUCACCAGGAUAUCCAGGUGCAAAGGGCGACAAAGGAAUGCCGGGUUUGAAUGGUUACGACGGUGCUAAAGGAGAUCGAGGACCAUCAGGUCCGCCAGGUUUGAUAGGGUAUCCGGGUCUUAAAGGCGAUCUAGGAGAUCGAGGCGUACCAGGCCCGUUGGUGCAGAUCAAGGGUGACAAGGGUGAAAUGGGACCGUUCGGGGCACAAGGAAGACAAGGAGAGAAAGGAGACAGAGGGUUCCAGGGACAGAUCGGUUUGAUGGGCGAGAAGGGAGAUGUCGGCUUCCCAGGGGUCAAAGGACAGAUUGGGCCAUCGGGAAUACCUGGAGCCAAAGGCGAUAGAGGUCCAGCAGGCAGAGAAGGCAUUCCCGGUCUGACGAUAAAGGGUGAAAAGGGUCUUCCAGGUCUACCGGGCAAAAACGGACGCAUCGGUUUGGACGGAAGGCAAGGCGAAAAAGGAGAACUCGGUCUUCAAGGGCUGCCGGGUAGGAUGGGACCACCUGGACCUCCAGGGCCUCUGGGGCCUCAAGGACCGAAGGGCGAUAGGGGACUGGACGGAGCUCCGGGACCCAUGGGACCUGUCGGACCCCCGGGACUGCCGGGAAUGGAAGGCGCGCCAGGGUACCUAGGAGAAAAGGGUGACCGAGGUCCUCCAGGUUUGAUAGGCGCCCCGGGCGAGAAAGGAGACCGAGGUUUGACCGGAUUGGCUGGUGUUCCCGGCUCAAAGGGCGACAAAGGAGACAGAGGAUUCGAUGGAAUACCAGGAAGACUUGGACCCCCGGGACUCGCAGGACUUAAGGGAGACGCUGGAUUGUCGGGAAUACCGGGAACACCGGGCACACUGGGUAUGAAGGGUCAGAAAGGCGAGGCCGCUCCACCAGGUUUCCCGGGCCCUAAGGGCGAUCGAGGCAAUCCCGGAGCGCCAGGCCUUCCAGGACCCGCUGGUCCAGCAGGUCUUGACGGUCUCCCGGGCACUCCUGGACCGAUGGGACUUAAAGGCGACACUGGCCUCCCAGGCGUACCGGGCAUCCCGGGUCUGCCUGGCAAGCAGGGAGAACGCGGUAUACAGGGUGAAAUCGGGUUAGAAGGAGCCUUUGGCGAUGUAGGGCCUAAGGGAGAACCUGGACUGCCGUGUGAUUACGCUCCAGAUUAUCUUACAGGAACACUGCUGGUUCGUCACAGCCAGACGACGGAGAUCCCGACUUGUGAAAGCGGACACAUCAAACUCUGGGACGGUUAUUCUCUACUCUACGUGGAAGGAAACGAAAAAGCGCACGCUCAGGACUUGGGACUUGCCGGAUCCUGUGUCAGGAAGUUCUCCACUAUGCCGUUCGUUUUCUGUGAUGUUAAUAACGUCUGCAACUAUGCUAGCAGGAACGACAAAUCCUAUUGGUUAUCGACGAACGCAGCCAUUCCGAUGAUGCCAGUAGAAGAGUAUCAAAUCCAAGAGUACAUCUCUAGGUGUGUGGUAUGUGAAGCACCUGCGAAUGUGAUCGCGGUCCACAGUCAAGCACUUGCUUUACCGGAAUGUCCAGAAGGAUGGAGCUCAUUAUGGAUCGGAUACAGUUUUGUUAUGCACACAGCUGCCGGUGCUGAAGGCGGCGGACAAUCGCUGAGCAGCCCCGGCUCCUGCCUGGAAGACUUCCGCGCUACGCCUUUCAUAGAGUGCAACGGAGGUCAAGGCACGUGCCACUAUUUCGCGAAUACGUUCUCCUUCUGGCUCGCCACGAUCGAGAGCCACCAGCAGUUCCAGAAGCCGCAGAAACAGACGUUGAAAGCGGGAAAUGUCAGAGACAGGAUAAGCAGGUGCCAAGUGUGCAUCAGGAACACGUAGACGAUUCUAACGCUUUUGUAUUCCUGAAACGCUUUCUGAACGUUCGAUUGUCUUUCGGUAUGUUUGUUUUGAUUUUUGCUAAAAUACACUGAAAAACUGUUUUUAUCAUAUUUAUGAUCUAUAAGAUUCUCAGCAUAGUAUGCAAACCACAGUCUAUAGUUCUAAUAUAUUAUUCUUCAAAAUUCUUAUUAGAGACUUUUUAUUAAUUUAUUCAUCAAAAUAUAUACCCAAGAAACUUUGCCAAAAAUAUUCUCAAAUAGCCAAAUCCGCGUUUAUUUCUUACCAGUCUACUCAAUUGACGAACUUUAAGACAGCCUGUGCAAUAUAACGAUUGAAUGCAAUUAUUUCAAAUAUUUAAUCGAUAUAGAUAAAAAUAAAAUACCAGUUUCCAGUGGCGGAUCCCGAAGGGGGGUUGUUCCGGGGAGUCCGAACCGUUCCCCUUCCAAUUUGCAGACAACCCCUUCCCACUUCCAUCUUCCUAAGCAUGAGCGGGUAAUUUCAAUUUUUUUACCAUAAAAUAUUUUCUAGAUCCCUCUUCUCCUAUCAUUUGAAAUUAUUUACGGUCUCGCAUUUUAAAAAAAUGAAACGAUCCUGGCACGAAAACCGUACCAAAUAGCAGUAAUAAUAGACAUAGCUGGUGCCUCAUUUAUAUUGCAUUGAAAAAUUGAAUGCAAUUUGUUUAUAUCUCAAAUGAUCAACAUUCUACUAAGGCAUAUUAUUAAAUACAAUUUUCACGAGAUUGAGGUUACGAAAUCUAGAAUCCUAAGAAAAUUGUAAAAAAUUACAUUUACCUCAAGUGUCAAACUUUUCUAACUUUUGAUAAAGAGGCGCUAUUAGAAUAUCGGUGUUUUUUUGGUCAUCCAACAAGAAUGAUGAUACCAAAUUUAAAAAAAUACCUAAGUAUCACAUAAUGAACUUUAAAAUAUGUCCAAAAUUUUGUCAAAUAGCCAAAUCCGUAUUAAUUUCUUAUCAACGUUCGAAUGCAAUCAAAAACAUUUCUUUAAUCGGUAUAAAUACAUAUAAAAUACCGUUUUCCAGUGGCGGAUCAAGGGAGCUAUUGUAGCGGAUCCGGACUCCCCCUCCAAAAUAUCCGACUUUAAAAAAGAUUCGGAUGUUUUUCAAUUUGCAGGAUCCCUAAAAAAUCUUCUUUAGAUACGCCCCUGCCUCUUUAACAUAAAUUAUUUACUAUCUCAUAUUUUUGAAAAAAUGAACGGUAUUGGCAAGAUAGGUACUAGGUACCACCAUUUAAAAAUUGAAUACAAUCUUUGGAAUCCCUACUUUUGCAGUUCUUAUAUCGAUAUCACAAAAAAAUGACGAUUUCGAAAAUUUAAUCUUGGCGUUCUGUAUCCCAAUCGAUCGACGUUCUAUUAGGGCGUUUUUAGCUCAAUUUGAAUAUAAUUUUCAGGAUCUUAAGUUAUGAAAUUAUAGAAAAUUAUAUUUACCUCAAGAGACAUUUUUUUACCUUCGAUAUGCAAGCGACGCGUCUUGGGAAUAGCGGUGAUUUUUUUGGUCAUAUACCUCGAAUUCAUAGAAAAAUUCAGUACCACUUCUAAUUAUAUUUUAAAAAAUGGUGAAUGUACCUUGGGAUCGCAUCCACCUUUUUUUUAACUGAAUGUCAAACAUUUUGUCAAAUAGCCAAAUCCGUAUUUACUUCUUAUCAACGGAUCUCCUCCCAAAAUAUCCCAAUUUUUUUUACCUUCGAUAUGCAAGCGACUCGUGUAGAAAAUAUCGGUGAUUUUUUUGGUUAUAUAAGUCGAAUUCUAUAUUAUAUGUAAAAAAAAGGUGAAUGUACCUUGAGAUCGCAUCCACCUUUUUUGUAACUAAAUGUCCAAGAUCUUGUCAAAUAGCUAAUUCCGUGUUUUUUUCUUAUCAACAAAAACAAAUGAUUUCGAAAAAUUUAACCUUGACAUGCUGUAUUGUUAAUCGACGAACAUUCUACUAAGGCGCUUUUAAUUCAAUUAGAAUACUAUUUUGUGAAUCUUAAGUUAAGAAAUUAUAGAAAAUUAUAUGUACCUUAAGAGACAAAUUUUUGUAACCGCGACGCGUUUCGGGAAUAUCGGUGUUUUUUUUUGGUCAUCUAGCACGAAUGGUCGAAUUCAUACAAAGUUUCAGUCUCACUUUAUAUUCAAUUUCAAAAUAUGGUGCAUCCACCAUUUUUGCAAUAAAUCGCUCUCCAUGCCACCAUUCACUUUUGUGACCAAAACCAUAUUUAUUUGCAAUACUAGUAUAAAAACACAUUGAUGUGUUCGUUCUGGGUGUUCCUUUUUAUGGUCCGGUACCUUUAUUCGUGAUAGCUACGUCGUUUCCUUUCGUUUUGAUCGAGUUUUUCUUCAAAAAGUCGAGAAUCUUAGACGGUAAGGUGCUACCAGACCAUGGUGAAAGAAUGUAUAGUUAGCUUUUUAACGACGCUGUGCCAUGAAAAAUGUAUAACAAGAAAUGCAUGUAAAAUUGUAUAGAAUAGUGUAUAAGUUGUAUAAGUCGGUGCCACAUAAAAGUAACAAAAAACUAAAAACGAUGGCAUAUAACGGACAUUGGUUUCGGUUGGAACUGUUUAUUGCCAUAUAUAAAGAAGUUUUAAGCAAAAAGUUGGAGAAGAUUCAUCAAAAAAAGUCUAAAAUCUAUAUUUGCCUAGCUACCCAACCGAAAUCAAUGUGACAUCUCACAUUUUUUAAUACUUUGUGAUUUUUUAAUAGCGUAAUAAUAGGUAUCACUGAGAUAAAAAAUAUUUUUGUAAUAAAAAAUGGUGCUAUCUAUAUUUCUAUAGUAAUUUAUAUGUGUUCUUCGUUUCUAAGCAGUUGUUUCAAGAUUUUGCAUUUUUUUUUCACACAUCGUAGUUUCUCUUCACAUUCCUUCCGUAAUUUAGAUCUAGUCAACGCUGAAAUUAUUUGACAGGCAUUUGUUUAAGCCUUGGCCAACACGAUUAAGAAAAAACUCAAUGCAGAUUUUAUCUUCUCUUCAAUAGAACACAAUUUAUGAGAUUUUUUGUAUCUAAUAAAUUUUUGCACGGACCAAGGUUUGAACGAAUGUUUCUCUCAACUAUUUGACUCAUUUUCUCUAUCAACAUUUUUUUAGGACACAUUUGCAAAGCUUCUCUAAUUGUUUAAACACUGCCAUUUGUUGAAUAUUCUAAAUAACGUAAGGUUUUUAUAUUGUUUACGAUUUGAAAAAUCUCGAAAUAUAUAUUUUACCAAUGUAUUCCAACCAAAAUUAAAGAUGUACAUAAGUAUAUUUGUAUGAAUAAAAUUUAUUAUAGAAAUAAA